UGUCACUUAUAGGAACGUAAACAAACGUUUUGUACAAGUGCCGGGCCGGGGUGCGUAGUUCUGAUUUCCUGACAGUAUUCGAAGUUAUUUUUCAAAUUAAUAUUCAGUUUAACUGGAAUGUUGAAUAUUCUUCAAAAUGAAUCCUAUGACGAAUAUAAAAAACGUCACGAAGCUAAGUGAACAAGAGUUGAAAAGAGAUAGUAAGACAUCAUGGCAUGAUAUGUACCGGGACAGCGCCUGGAUAUUUGUGGGCGGCUUACCAUACGAUCUAACAGAAGGCGACAUAAUUUGCGUCUUUUCACAAUACGGGGAGAUUGUAAAUAUCAAUCUCAUUCGGGAUAAACUUUCGGGAAAAUCGAAAGGAUUCUGCUUCAUAUGCUAUGAGGAUCAACGAUCUACAAUUCUAGCUGUUGAUAAUUUAAAUGGAAUUAAGAUUUUGAGUCGUACGAUUCGCGUUGAUCAUGUUUCUGAUUACAAGCCGCCAAAGGAUAAUGAAAAAGCCGAUGAGAUAACAAGACGUUUACAGAUGGAAGGUUGUGCACCGAAAGCUCAAAUUCCUGUGGAAAAUAUCAAACAAGAACGCGAUAAAACCUCUGAACGAAAUGAAUUUGGCUUACCGCAGCGACUGCCUAUUGAUCGAACAAUCAAAACAGAACCGGGUUUGAAAAAGGUUAAAGUGAAAAAGGAGAAAAAGAAAAAAUCAAAGAAAGAAAAGAAGAGUAAAAAGGCCAAGAAGGAAAAGAAAUCAAAGAAACGUAAGAAAUCAUCAAGUUCCGAUGAAUCUUCAACUGAGGAGAGUACAGAUAGUGAUGAAGAUGAAAGGAAGAGAAGGAAAAAAUAAAGUUCAAUGUUUUUUUUGUAAAGUAAUAAAUCUUCAAUAUUAUUUAUUUGUCAAUAUUUAUUGUCCAUCUUCUCUGCAAACACAUGAAGUCAACCUAAAUGGGUCGAACAAAUCAUCAAUUAUUAUCACAAUCGAUGCAAUGAAUACCAAGCGAUGUUUGCAUCGAGCUUCUUGAUGAUGA